UUCGAUGGCCGGUUCAGCACCUUGAACCAAACCGAUUUCGCUGCCAAACCCAACCAGUUCUCCAUACAAUUUUACAAAUUUUGGUUUUUCCCUUUCAGAAAAAAAUCCAGGGAUCCUUCAUAUUCGGCGGUUAUAUUCACGACACUCGUUCAUACAGUCCUUUUAAUCGUCAUCAAGGGACUGAUUCUUUAUUGAUCAGUAUGGGGCCAAAAAAGGGUGGCCAGCAGGCGGCCGGAAAGAGAAAGGGCGCGUCUUCAAAUGCGGCAGGGAAUGAUCAUGAUGCCGAGCAAGAUGAGCGUCUACAAGCGAUCGUUCUCAGUGAUUCAUACCAGACCCGAUUUCGGCCUCUCACUCUCGAAAAGCCUCGGUGUCUUCUUUCUCUAUGCAACACCCCAUUGAUCGAAUAUACUUUCGAGUUUCUGGCUUUGGCCGGCGUGAGCGAGGUCAUUGUCGUGUCGUGUGCACAUGCCGAGCAGAUUCAGGAAUAUAUUGCCAACUCCCGAUGGAGUAGUCCGUCAUCUCCAUUUACAAUCGAGACAGUGCUAAGUCCGGAAUCGAUGUCUGUCGGCGAUGCGAUGCGCGAUCUGGAUGCAAAGGGCUUGAUCACUUCGGAUUUCUUGCUCGUCAGCGGUGACAUCGUCUGCAACGUUCCCUUCGAUCAAGUACUGGCCGAGCACCGACAACGACGCGCAAAGGACAAGAACGCAAUCAUGACGAUGGUUCUGAGAGAAGCUAGUCCGCUGCAUAGAACGCGGGCGCGCGCCGAGUCUGCUAUCUUUGUGCUUGACGAGCAGACGAACCAAUGUCUGCACUACGAAGAAAUCAAGACGCGGAAACAUAUGAAGAAGAUCUCCCUCGAACCUGAGAUCUUCAACAAGCACACCGACCUUGCGAUCCGCAACGACUUUAUCGAUUGUCAUAUCGACAUCUGCUCGCCUGACGUUCCGGCUCUGUUUACGGAGAACUUCGACUACAACCAUAUCCGCAAGGACUUUGUCCAUGGUAUUCUGACUUCAGAUUUGCUGGGCAAGACAAUAUUCGCGCAUGUCGUUACCGAUCACUAUGCAGCUCGUGUGCGAUCUCUGCAGACAUAUGAUGCUGUUAGCAAGGAUGUCAUCUCUAGAUGGACGUACCCUAUCACUCCCGAUAGCAACCUGCUAGCCGACCAGACAUUCCAGUACCAGCGGGGACAUAUCUACAAAGAGGACGACGUCGUACUCGCGCGUUCUUGCCGGAUCAACAGCUGCACGGUUAUCGGUGCCCGCACUGUCGUUGACGACGGCGCAGUUAUUACUGGGAGCGUGAUUGGUCGACGCUGUAAGAUUGGAAAGAACGCCAAAAUAUCGGGCGCCUAUAUCUGGGACGACGUCACGAUCGGAGACAACGCCGUCGUGGACUGCGCGGUUAUCGGCGACGGCGCUAUUAUCGGAGAAUCAAGCCACAUCUCGCCCGGAGCGAUCAUCUCGUACAAUGUCAAGGUUGGGAAGGGCAUCACCGUUGACGGAAACAAGCGGUUAACGCGAACCGAGGGAGACUUUGGUAGAGACACGGACUACGAAGCGGUUGGCACCGACGGAAUCGGAUUUGUCUAUGAAGACGAGUCUGAGGUUGAAGAAGAUGAUGACUAUGAAGAAAUCGUCAACUCGUCUGGUUUGAUCUACAACAUGGCGUCUUUAAAUCAAUCGGAUGCAUCGUUUACGAGCUCUGGAGAAGGUACCACGGCGCGCAAGGCCCGCCGUCGCAGAAUCAGCACUGCCAGUAACAACACCGCCGCCUCUGAAGAAUCAGACGAGGAGAGUUUCAUGCGGGAAGCCCAGGCAAGUGUUGAGCGCGCGAUGACGGAAGAUCAUGACAUUGACAUUGCCGCCCUGGAGUUGGGCACGUUGCGCAUGGCCAAGAACGCUCCGUUCCACGAAGUCCGUGCAGCGACCAUCACAGCUCUCAUCAGCCGUGUGUCGAACUUGAUCAAUAGCAACACCAUGAAGGCGCGCCAGGCAGUCGAGCACGUGCUGAAUCGCUGGGCGAAACUGUUUAGGCGUCAGGUGUUUGAUUUGGCUGAUCAAGUCGACCUCCUUCUGCUCAUUCAGCGAGACUGCACGCGCAGAAUGCAGGGCAGUGCAAUUUUACUGCAUGCCAUCAAUAACCUCUACGAUCAGGACAUCUUGGAGGAGAGCGCGAUCAUGCAGUGGUGGUAUAAGGAGCCUCAGAGCAAGGGGGACGCUGACAUGAUUAAGGUUGGUGAGCUGGUACCUAGAUGGCUCGAAUGGCUUACUACUGCUGAAGAAGAGAGUGAAGAUGAUGACGAUGAAUAGAGAGGCAGGACGGAAAUGAUGGUGGAGCGGAGUGAUAAAAGCUUAAAGCUCUGAUGGUCUUUUUUGUAAUAUACGUAAUAAAAACAGUCAAGAGA